AUGGCGCCCCUCAUGCCCUCUCGCAAACGGAAAGGCCUUUCGGAGGCGAUCGCCUUGGAAGAUGACCUUGCGGAUAUCGAGCUCGACGGAGUCUUGUCCCAGAGUGAUGAUGAAUCUGGACCUGAGAACAGCGACCUAGAGGAUGAUGUCGCCGAUGACUCCGCUGAGGACGAGGAUGACGAUGACGAUGAUGCAGAUGAUGCACACAGCCAAGACGGCUUGUCGGAGAAGGGCGACCGGAAUUGGGGCAACCAAGGCCUCAAUAGCGACAGUGAAGGCCCUAAUUAUCGAAUUGUCAAAGACGCCAACGGUCAGGAGCGAUACGAGUAUGCCGAGGUAGAUCCCGUCUACGACAGCGAUGACUCGGAUGCCCAAGGCCCGGUCAACACUAUCGGAAACAUCCCCCUGUCUUUUUACGACUCGUACCCGCACAUUGGCUAUGAUAUCAAUGGCAAGAAAAUCAUGCGCCCAGCCACCGGUGAAGCUCUGGAUGCCCUCUUGGACAGCAUCGAGGUUCCGAAGGGAUGGACUGGCUUGACCGACCCGGAGACCGGAAAGCCCUUGAACCUGAGUCAAGAUGAAUUGGAGCUCCUCCGUCGCCUCCAGAUGGGCGAGGUCCCAGAGGAAGGCUAUGAUCCAUACCCAGACAUGGUGCCAUACUUCACCAGCAUUGAGGAGAAAAUGCCCCUCAGUGCGGCGCCGGAGCCCAAGCGGCGAUUCGUCCCUUCCAAACACGAGGCCAAACGAGUAGCGAAGAUGGUCCGCGCGAUCAAGGAAGGAAGGAUAUUACCGUACAAGCCCGCAGAGGAACGGCAGCGAGAGGAGGAGGAGAAAGAAGAAACUUACUAUGACGUCUGGGCCAACGAGGAGCCUCAAGACCCGCAUGUCAUGAACAUUCCGGCGCCCAAACUUGCCCCUCCUGGCUACGACCUGAGCUAUAACCCCCCACCUGAGUACCUGCCGACGGAGGAGGAGAAGGAGGCCUGGAACAAUAUGGACCCAGAGGAACGGGAGAAGGAAUAUCUUCCCGCCAAGUUUGAUUCUCUCCGCAAGGUGCCUGGCUAUGGUGAGUUUGUCAAGGAGCGAUUCGAGAGAUGCUUGGAUCUGUACCUCGCCCCCCGAGUGCGAAAGAAUCGACUCAACAUCGACCCCAACUCACUUUUGCCCAAACUGCCCCGCCCGGAAGAUCUCAAGCCAUUCCCUACACUGGGUCAGACAAUAUUCCGCGGUCACGACGGCCGUGUUCGAAGUGUGGCGUUCAGUCCUGAUGGGGAGUGGGUGGCUUCUGGAGGUGAUGAUGGGACCGUCCGCGUUUGGGGGCUUAAUGGCCAUCAGGAAUGGAUGGUCAAACUUAGCAGCGAAGAGCCUGUGAAUAUGGUACGAUGGCGCCCCAACAAAGAGACCUUCAUUCUAGCCGCAGCGGCGGGCGAGGAUCUCUUUUUCAUGAUUCCCUCCUUUGCUAGCGACGCCGCCGAGAAGGCGAGCCGCGAAGCCCUUGAUGCUGGUUUCGGGUAUGCGACGAACGGCACACAGCCUGCAACGGCUGGUGGUCCCAAGAAGGAGCCUCCCGCGAAAUGGGCAAGGCCAGGAACCAAGCUGGAGGAUGCCGGUGUCCUUUUGAAGGCCACCGUCAGGUCUGUCAUCAAAGUGAUCACCUGGCACAGACGUGGCGAUUUCCUUUCCACUGUCUCACCCACCGGGCAGAGAAGCUCGGUUGCCAUUCACACUUUGUCCAAGCACUUGAGCCAAAUUCCCUUCCGGCGUUUGCCUGGCCUGGCUCAGACGGCCCAGUUCCACCCGUCUAGACCUCUUUUCUUCGUUGCUACUCAACGCAUGAUUCGAUGCUACGAUCUGCAGAGGCAGGAACUUGUGAAGGCCAUCCAGCCUGGUGCCCGCUGGAUUUCGUCCUUUGACGUGCAUCCUGGUGGUGACAAUUUGAUCGUGGGCUCCUACGAUCGAAGACUACUAUGGCACGACCUCGACCUCUCGUCCCGACCAUAUAAGACGAUGCGAUUCCACGCAGAGGCCAUCAGGGCUGUGAAGUAUCACCGAAGCCUACCACUCUUUGCAGAUGCCAGUGAUGAUGGAACGCUUCAGAUUUUCCACGGCAAGGUGGUCAGCGACUUGAUGGAGAACGCCACCAUUGUUCCGGUUAAGAUGCUGAGAGGCCACAAGGUUGUCAACAAGCUGGGAGUCCUCGAUGUCGACUGGCACCCCAAGCAACCUUGGUGCAUAAGUGCCGGUGCGGAUGGAACUUGCAGACUGUGGGCAUAA